GCCCCCUCUGGAGACAGAGUUCAGCAUUUAUGGAAACAGGUAAAAUGAAAAAGAGUAACAAAACCGCCCAAUUUCAACAUAGCCCCAAAGAGCGCAUCAUCUGCACCCACUCACCUGAGGAGAGCCCUUCUCCUCCCAAGCAGUUGGAGGCAGAGCAGGAUUAUCUCUCAGAAGGCACAAGCCAUGAAAUAAGGAGGCCGAGCACCGUCAUCCUCUCCAAACGAGCCAGCCUGGAGGCCAUGUUUCAGGAUGAAGAUAGCCGCCCUGUCAUCCCGCCCCCAAGACGAGGUUUCGCAGCAUGUUACAUCUGUGGGAGAGAGUUUCGUUCCCAGUCUAUCUCCAUCCAUGAACCCCAGUGCUUGGAGAAGUGGCACAGUGACAACAACAAGUUACCGAGGCACCUCAGGAGGCCGGUUCCUCAGAAACCCGAGGCUCUCAGCGGUACAGAUGGUGCCACUGAGCUGGAUCUAGAUGAAGCUGUUUCCCAGAGCACUCAGAUUCAGCUACUGACGUGUGAAAACUGUGAUGGCUUGUUUCUGCCCGACCAACUCCCGGUUCACCGGAAGAGCUGUCAGCCGAAGGCUAGCGGAUCCAACAAACUGAGCACUUCUCUCAGUCCCUACAGUAGGAAAAUCCUAGGGGCCUCCCUGUUUCGUCCCCAGAUUCUUCCCUGCUAUAUUUGUGGUGGGAAGUACAACUCCUUUUUCCUGCCCACUCAUGAGCUCAGAUGCCUAGAGAAGUGGAAGAUGCGGAACGACGAACUCCCCGAAGAACUCCGCAAGUCUCCUCCACAGAAGCCUGAACCAUCAACCUCCCAAGAGGGCUCCACCACCUUUGGGAUUGUGAGCCGUGUGUCUCAAAUGGUGGCCUGUUCCAACUGUGGCCGCACCUUUAUCCCAGAACGAUUGUCGUUGCAUCGGAGUAGUUGCAAGGCUCCCGGGCCCAUGAUGAAGAAAUUGAUUCUGAGUGGCCGGCUUGCCAAAGAAGACCCGAGCAACAGUGGCCAGCAAAGUACGGAGGUGCCCUCCACAUCUAGCAAGCCACCUGUGGUAAGGCACCCACCAGUGAUAUUUUGCUAUAUAUGUGGCCGGGCAUAUGGAACAAAAUCCAUUAGCAUCCAUGAACCACAGUGUCUUCAAAAGUGGCAUGCAGAAAACAGUGCACGACCCAAGGAGUUACAAAGACCGGAACCCCAGAAACCUGAAGCCUUGUCCAAAGAAGACAAAGGCUUCUGUGAUCUCCGUGCUUUAAAGGAGGCUUUAUUGAAGAGUUCCCAGAGUCAGCUGGUUCCUUGUGAUACUUGCGGGCGUAAGUUCCUUCCAGACAGACUGAUUGUCCACCAGCGUUCUUGUAAGCCAAAAGCAGCCAAGUAAAGCCUUCUCUCACCAGUGUUAAAAGAACAAUAUCGCACUGGAAAGAUGUCAGAGUGCAGGGAGAGACAGUGGUGGGCGUGUGUGUGUAUGUGUGUGUGUGUGUGUGUGUGUCUGAAAAGGGGGCCUAGGUGUCCUAGAAUACUCACAGCACCUGGUGAAAUAAUUCUUAAGAGUUUCUGGGUCCAGAGGAAUGGUCGACGUUCUCCAGUGAGUCAAAUCCAAUGAUGGGGCAAAGAGUGUCCAGGCCCAAUGGACAAGUUUCUCACUUUGGUCAGUUGGCCUGGUGGUUGUUCUUCAAGACCGAAGAGAGAAUCAUAAGAAUAUGAGCAAUGUCUAGAAUUCUGUCUCCAAUUGAGGCACAAGGAUGUUUGGAGGAGCUGUGUGGUAGUAACCACCCAAGACAUUUAUCCUCAUGGUUUUGGAUGGACCAUCUAUCACCCCUAACCUUUUCUCCUACUUCUCUAAAUUUCUCUCAUGUUGCCUUUUGUCCACGGAGCUAUCCAAGCCCCUCUUGAACCCAUUGAGAUUGCCUCAUUUCCUGAGCAGCCAGUUCUCCUCCCACUUCCUUGGGCUCAGGAAGACUAUAGGUUUUAUAUUCAAUCUUUC